AUGUCAACCCUCGAGUCCCUAAGUGAGAAGAUCUCUCCACUUGAUACUUCACACGACCAUGAAACCGGCGAAAUCUCCAGCGUCCGCGAACGCGAAGAACUAGAUCGGUUAGGAUACAAGCAAGAGAUGCAACGCAACCGAUCAGUGAUCACACUUUUAUUCCAAACGCUCGCCAUAGCCGCAAUACCCUAUGGAGAAGGGAGUCCAUUUCUAAGCGCGAUUUAUGGCGGUGGACCAUUAUCAAUCUUCAUCGGCUGGAUUGUGGUAUGUCUUCUCGAUCAAUGUAUCGCUUUAUCACUCGCCGAACUAGCCUCUCGCUACCCAACCUCUGCAGGACCAUAUUACUGGUCAUUCCAGAUUGCCCGAUCAUCCAAGACAACGAUUUCAUUUAUUAAUGCUUGGAUCUGGUUAAUCGGGAACUGGACAAUUACAUUAUCUGUUAAUUUCGGAUUCGCAUCCCUGGUCUCCGCAACUAUAUCAAUGUACCAUCCGGACUGGACUGCUAAUUCCUGGCAACUCCUUUUAAUAUUCUACGCUGUUUGCCUGGGCUCGUUAAUUAUCUGCACCUUCGCAAACCGAUACCUCCCUCAAGUCGAUAUCGCCUGUGCGACUUGGACAGCCCUUACCAUCGUGGUAAUCCUCAUUGCCGUAUCCGUGAAAGCAGAUGCAGGUCGACACAGUGCAUCCUGGGCUCUAUCGCACUAUGAUAAGAGUUUCUCCGGAUGGGGAAGGUUUACGUUCUUUAUAGGAUUGUUACCACCAGCAUAUACAUUCUCGGCUAUUGGUAUGAUCUCCUCGAUGGCUGAAGAAUGUGCGCACCCCGCUACGAAAGUACCUCGUGCUAUAGCACUUAGUAUCCCUGUUGGUGGGAUCGCGGGCUUAUUCUUCGUGAUUCCGCUAUGCUUUACUCUUCCUCCAUUGGAAGAUAUUAUCAAUUCGCCAGGUGGACAGGCACUACCUUAUAUCUUACACCAAGUGAUGGGAUCACCAGGUGGUGGACUUGGACUCGUGUUUCUGGUAUUGGUGAUUACACUUUUCUGUUCAAUCAGUAUAACCGUCGCAGCAUCACGGUGUACCUGGGCUGCUGCGCGAGACGAUGCACUUCCACUCUCACAAAUCUGGGCACACGUUCACCCAGGCCUUGGUGUUCCAGUAUGGUCAUUAAUACUGUUAACAGUGAUCCAGAUGUUACUGGGGUUAAUUAAUCUGGGAAGUUCAAGUGCAUUCACAGCCUUCGUUUCGGUAGGCGUGAUAGCGUUAGCAGCGGGAUACGCAAUUCCGAUUUCGUUGAGCCUGUUGAAUGGACGUGAAGAGGUGAAGAAUGCGCCAUGGAAUUGUGGGAAUGUGUCAGGCUACUUUGUGAACGUGGUUGCGCUUGCUUGGAUAGCGUUUGAGCUGGUAUUAUUUAGUAUGCCGACUGCGUUACCUGUUACAGCUACCUCGAUGAAUUAUGCGUCAGUUGUUUUUGUGGGGUUUAUGGCUAUUUCGGCAAUUUGGUAUCUUGUUUAUGCGAGGAAACAUUAUAAGGGGCCUCCAGAGUCGGAUGCGUUGUAG